CUUCCAGUUCCGUCCGCAGCACUGGGCGCUGCUGCAGCAGACGACUCCUCCGUGGAAACAAAUUUAUCUCAUGAAAAUCCAAAAUGGCAGGCGAAGUAACUCGGACUCCCGAUGAAAACUUGGAAUCUCUCAUCAAAGAAGCUGACACAUUGAAAGCGAGGCUUGAAGAUGAACGCCUUAAACUCAACGAUGUUACUUUAUCACAUGUGGCUGAAAGGCUUGACAUGAUUAGUCUGUUAAAUGUCAAACCUCGCCGUGUCCUGAGAGGGCACCAGGCCAAGGUGUUGUGCUCAGACUGGUGUGCUGACAAACGACACAUAGUUUCAUCUUCUCAGGAUGGUAAGAUGAUAAUAUGGGAUGCGUUCACCACAAACAAAGAACAUGCGGUUACUAUGCCUACAACAUGGGUGAUGGCUUGUGCAUACGCACCAUCUGGAAACUUGGUAGCUUGUGGGGGACUUGACAAUAAGGUAACAGUAUACUCCUUGACGUCGGGUGAAAAUGUUUCGUCCCAGAAUGUUUCCUCCCAGAAGAAGACAGUUGGAACACACACAAGCUAUAUGUCAUGCUGCACAUUUCCAAAUUCAGAUCAACAGAUUCUUACGGGAAGUGGUGACUCAACCUGUGCUCUGUGGGAUGUUGAGUCCGGACAAAUGCUUCAAAAUUUUCAUGGUCAUACUGGAGAUGUUAUGGCUCUGGACCUUGCUCCAUCCGAGAUAGGAAACACAUUUGUAUCAGGGAGCUGUGACAAGAUGGUUCUCAUUUGGGACAUGAGAACUGGCCAUUGUGUGCAGUCAUUUGAAGGCCAUCAGUCAGACAUCAACAGUGUUAAGUUCCAUCCAAGUGGAGAUGCUGUUGCAACUGGAUCAGAUGAUUCUACUUGUCGACUUUUUGAUUUGAGAGCAGACAAAGAAGUGGCAGUGUACACUAAAGAGAGCAUUAUAUUUGGAGUGAACUCUGUCGACUUCUCCGUCAGUGGGCGCCUACUUUUUGCUGGCUAUAAUGAUUACACUGUGAAUGUGUGGGACACUUUGAAGUGCACACGAGUCAGUUUAUUGAUUGGACAUGAAAACAGAGUUUCUUGUCUUCAAGUUUCUCCUGAUGGUACUGCAUUAUCAACAGGAAGCUGGGACUGUACUUUAAGGAUAUGGGCCUGAAUAGCUCAUGUACCAGCAAGAAGAUUUCAGGACCUGUUACUUAAUUUCUUCUUGAGUUGGGCUGCAACAAAUUGUAGGCUGUGCCUAAUAUGGGAGAAAAUGCCAACAGUUACUCCUCUGCCAAAUUUUUCAGCCGAAAUGCUCAAGAAGAGAAUCAUCAAUGCAUUUAUUUGCCUGUGUAGAUGGGACAUCUUGUUUGGAGCUAGUCGUUCUGCUCAUCUGUUUUGAUUUUAUCAAUGUUAUUUUUAAUGAAAUAUGAUUUAUUCAUGUUGGAUGUGUAAAAAUCAAAGAAUUGCUCCCUGGUGGAGUCUGUUCAAAUUCAUAGAGAGAUUUGAAGAUCUCAAACAAAAUUAGGUAAAUAUAACCCCGCCAAAUGUUGUUGGCCAUUCCUGUGACCUAAACUGUCACGAUCUGUUUCUCAUUGAGAAAUCAGAAAUCAUUGUGUUCUUCACUGCUGUGGAUUUGCUCUUGCAUUCCUUGCAUUCAUUACCACUCAUUUUUAAAAUGUAGAACAGGUGUUACAUUCCUGUGUGUGAGGUGUGAUAUGAAUUUGGUGAAUCAUGGAACCCUCAAAUUUUGUUAAUAGAUGGAUAGCCUCCAUUGACUCAUCAUUCAAGAGGACUAGAUUGUGUUAUUUUAGUAGAUAUAUAUCAUUUAAGGACCAUUUUUCUCUGCAAUUUAAAUUAUUUUGAAAUUAGAAAUUGUUGUCAUUAUAUGAGGUCCGAUUGCUUUGUGAUGUAAGUAGCUACAUAGUUGUAACCUUAACCCUUACCAACAAGUUUCUUCUUUAAUCAUGAUUGGGUUGUUGUGAAGUGUAUAAAUGCCUCCUUGUAAAUGAUGAAAUGGAUUAUAAUAAUCUUUGUUAUAUUAGUAUCAGAAUCUUUUAUUGGUUGGUCAUCUCAAUUCUUUAAAAAAACAACAACAAACUUUUGAUUUGAGGUAUAAAAUUUUUGUUAUUGUUAAUUAUAGAUACCAUUUUUAUCUGAUGUAAGGACUAGUCGUUUUACCUUUAUUACCUAAAAACCUCAGUUAAUGUAUUGUUUUCCCUUAAACAAAGUUCUUUAAAGGUGUUUUUGUAUUUAUUUUUUUUAAAUCACUAGUGUUGUGUUCUGUCUGCUUUUCAUUUUUCUGGAUGCCUUAAUUAUGACAAAUUUGGGGACUUUUUCAGAAUCUAAGAAUGUGAAGUAUCGGACUGUCUCAAUUCAAAGCUAUAUGUCUGGGUUUGGCUACCAUAUUCUGGAUUGUUAAUUGUUCAAAAUAUAAUGUACAAAACUUGCAUCAGUACUAGAGUGUUUCAACAGAAGGUUCUUCUUUACCUCUACUAGCUGUGCAUUCUAUGGUUGUGAAGCAAACAGUUCAUGAAUGUACAGUAUUUUCAUGUCUUACUUUGUUUGCCAAUGGUAACAUUUAGAGCAAUUCUGUGACCCCUUGUGAUAAACUUAUCAUUCCUACCUAUAAAUUGGUGACCCAAUCAUCCGGAAACCCACUGACAUAACGUUAUGACUUAGGUAGUUAUUUCUGUCUCCAAACUUAGCCUCAAAAUUUUAAUCAAUCAAGCGAAGUUGUAUUUCAUGCGGAAUUAUCAAAUCAUUUGUCCUGAUUUUCCUGUGUUUUGAAGUUGUUUUUGUCUUUGAACCGCUCAGUAACAAAGUUUGCACUUCUAAUGCAAAUUCUUCUUUGAAAUUCUCCAACAUUUUAUAGCAGUGGCAGUGUAACUAUGUAACUCUCUUCUCUUAAACUGAAUUUUGGAUAUGAUACCAGACAAUAAUCUGAUGUUGAGUGGGUCUUUGUUAAGUUAAGGGAGAAUUUAUUUCUUAUAUAAAACAUUGUGGGGGAAUACUGUUCUGAAGUAGCUUUAAUUUAUGUUUUGCAGUGUAAUAUUCAAUUUUAUGUUCCUGUCAUGUUUUUUUUUCUUUUUUAAUUAUUAUUUGCUGUUAACCAUGAUGAUAUUGAUAGAGCCUUGGGACUUUGCUGGAAGAUUGAAUACCUAGUGCUGUCGUAGGUAGAACUAAUGAUUUAUAAAAUCAAAAAAAAAUAGACUUUUAAAAUGAUAUCAGUUAGAUUUUUAGAUAAUGUAUUUCCUUUGCCCAUAUGUUCCAUAAUUCUCUCAUUAAUGUAUUGGUAAAAGUAAAUUUGCUAUGAAGAAAAUUAAGAAAUUCAGUUGGCAGCGUACGCUAGGAUAUGUACUUUUAAACAUUUAGCCCACUUCAUCCCAUUUGACAUGUAUCUAUAUAUAUAUUCUGAAAGAUUUUUUAAACCAACGCAUGAUGAUCUGAAGUUGAGUUUAUUUUCAAGGGGUUCUGCAUGCUCAGAAUUGUAGCAGAAUCGUCAAUCACAGGUGAGUUCCAUUGUCAGAACAAGACUUGCUCUGAGAGUUCCAUAAUGAGAUCGCCCUUCAAUCAUAAUUCCAUACUUCUCCAAGAACAUAAAAUGCUUGAAAAUUUGUUCAAUACCCAACCAGAAACAAGUGAGCUGCAUUUUCAAAUAUUUUCCUCCAGGUAUUUGUUGUGAGCCUUGGUUUUAAUUUCAUUUUUAUUUUUUGUAUGAUGUAAAAGUUUAUUUGGCUGUUGUACUGUGCUGUAAAUAUUAUGUUAAGUGUUAAAAUAAAGCUGUUAAAAUUUGA